GCUGAUCAACACCAUCCCAGCUACAUCACAACGUCGCCACGACCGCUCUUACUUCUUCACUCAACGCAUCGCAUCCCGACGCGACUGCCUCCUCGCCAAAAUGCGGUUCCGAACCGAACUCAAAAACAUCCGCACCUUUGCGAAACUCACCGCGGCACUCUCCUCCCUUGAAAAGAUCGCUUGGUUGCGCCUGAGCGAUGACACCGCUCGCUUCACGGUCAUCCCAGACAUGGGGUCUCAGGUCUGGGCCUCUCUCUCCAUGGACUUCAUCUUUGACAACUACCACAUUCAAUCGGCAGAAACUUCCAAUACCAUCAACCUCGAACUGCCGCUUCAACCACUCCAGCGCGCCCUCAAAUCUGCCCUCAACAGCAUCUCGGCGUCCCUCCGCCUCACCAAAAAAGAUGGCAUGCCCGUGCUCUCUAUGACCAUCACCACGAACACCACCGCCAACGCCCCUGGCCCUGCAAAGCCCUCUGCUACUACUGGUGAUGAUCCCUUUGAUGACGAUGACAUGUUUCUUCCUGAGCAUCUCGAGACUUCCCUUCGGCGCGAGCAUGAAAAGAUCAUCACCCAGGACAUCCCGGUUCGUGUCCUCCACCCAGAAACUGUCGAGACUAUUAUGCAGCCCAAGGUUCGUGAACCGGACGUCCACAUUCAGCUACCACCUUUGCUCCAGCUCAAAGCUAUCUCGGACCGAUUCACCAAGCUGGCACUUGCAUCCAACUCUUCCACUGGCACAGCUGCCACCAAGGCUCCUAAGCUCGACCUGAGCGCCAACAUGCACGGCGGCCUCCGCCUGCGCAUCGCCACCGAGACAACCGAUAUAUGCAGUGUGUGGUCCAACCUCGAGAAUCCGGAGCUGGAUCCCGCCCAGCUCGACUGCCCCGUCGAGGACCACCCGAGCACCAAGUUCCGCGAGGAUGGCCCGGACAGGUGGGCCACCGUUCGGGUUGAUGGAAAAGACUGGAGUAGAGUCCUAAGUGUUGGCCGACUUGAGGGCAGGGUGAUUGCAUGCUUCGCCGACGACCAUGCCUUAAUCCUCUACGUCUACGUGCCCCAGUACGAUGAUGCUUCAGCCCAGGACUCCGUCGUCACGUAUUACGUUCAAUCUUACAGUGUUUGAUCGGGGGCGGGGUCUGGUUUAUGGCGUUCAGGUUCAGAUCAAAAUAGACGGAAGUCUGAUGGUUUAUCAUGGGAGUUGGCAGGAUAUGCGUUAUUGUUUAAUCCCAGAGACAAUGUUCCAUAGAUGCGAAGGAUGGUCAUACCACGCAAGAUAAAUGUCUGACUGCAUUACAACUUCGUAUUCCGUGUACUCGUAAACCCAGCGGGGUCUCGACGAUACACCACCUGGUCUAAUUUGCGGUG